AUGACAGCGCACUCUAUACUCUCAGAACGUCAAAAAGAUGAACUUCAUAAAGCCAUUUUAGAUUAUCUGAGUUCUUCUGGUUUUAAAGAAGCGUUCAACGCAUUCAAGAACGAAACUGGCGAUGACUUUGUACCUGACCCUAAACAAAAAUAUGCUGGUCUUUUGGAAAAGAAGUGGACCUCUGUGAUUCGUUUGCAGAAAAAGAUUAUGGAAUUAGAAAGCAAAGCAACUCAGAUGCAAGAAGAACUUAAUAAUGCUCCAACACGUAAACCAACCAGUUCGGUUGACUGGAUUCCUAGAGGCCCAGAAAGGUUCUGUUUAGCCGGUCAUCGUAGUCCACUGACACGCGUAUCAUUUCAUCCAAUCUAUCAAAUAUUAGCCUCUGCUUCUGAGGAUGCGACUAUCAAAAUAUGGGAUUAUGAAACAGGUGAAUAUGAAAGAACACUCAAAGGACAUACAAAAGCAGUGCAAGAUAUUACGUUUGACGCCAAGGGAAACCAUCUGAUUUCUUGUUCUGCUGAUUUAACUAUCAAAGUUUGGGAUACCAAUAACGACUACAAGUGUGUUCGUACCAUGUAUGGCCACGACCACAGCAUUUCUUCGGUUGUCAUGAUUCCUUCCAGUGAUAUUAUUGCUACGUCCUCACGUGACAAAACGAUCAAAUUGUGGGAAAUGACAUCAGGAUACUGUGUCAAGACAUUAGUUGGACAUCUUGAUUGGGUCAGAAGAAUAUUUCCUUCUGAAGAUGGUAGAUGGUUAGCCAGUUGCUCUAAUGAUCAAACGGCUCGAGUUUGGGAUAUCCAAAAGGGAGAAUCAAGAAUGGAAUUUAGAGGACAUGAGCAUGUGGUCGAAUGUGUCAUCUUUUUGCCAGUCGCAGCUUAUCCUUUUAUAGCCGAGUGGCUAGAAAAUAGCAUAAAGUUAAACAAAGAGCAAGCCGUGCCUGGUCAGUUUAUCCUUACCGGAUCCAGAGAUAAAACUAUCAAGCUUUGGGAUGUCUCUUCUGGACAGCUGCUGAGCACUCUGGUCGGCCAUGACAACUGGAUCCGAGGCCUCGUUGUUCAUCCGAAUGGUAAAUAUUUGAUCAGCGUAUCGGAUGAUAAGACAAUGAAGAUCUGGGAUUUAAAGACGGGUCGAUGCGUAAAGACAAUCGAGGCUCACUCACACUUUGUCACCUGUAUCUCUUACUGUACGACAUCACCUCUUGUAGCCACAGGAAGUGUUGAUCAAACUCUAAAGAUAUGGCAAUGCCGAUAA